AUGCUCUCCAGUGGGAUACCAGAGUUGUCUGAUGUGGAUGAUCUGAAAUAUGUUUAUGAUGCUCUGAGACCACAUGAAUCAGAAGCAGAUGCUACCAUGCACUUCACCAGGCUCAUCGAGUCCAGUCUUGGCAGUGUGGCUACUAAGCUCAACUUCUUCAUCCAUAACCUGGCCCAAAUGAAGUUUGCAUCCUCUGAGGAGCGUCCCGUUCUGUCAUUUGCUCCACGCAUCUACACUCUAAAGAGUGAUGGAGUUAUUCGCAGCCUGUUUGUUUGCAGACACAUCAAAACCUAUACUCCAAGCAAAGGCUAUUCUUAUGUUGUGAAAGUGGAGCGGGAACAGGGGUCAACUUUAGUCCAAAGGACCUUUGAGGAAUUCCAUGAACUUCACAGUAAACUGCAGCUCAUCUUCCCUUCCUCAAAACUACCCAGGUACAGUGUUGAAACCUGA